GCGGGACCAGAACCAGGACUGAAACCGAGCCGCGAGAGUCCGGCAGGUGUGUCCGGUGUGCGUCUACGCGGAGGUUCCGGUUCUGUUGGUGGCAGGAUUCAGAGGGUCGAUGCUCUGAGGUUGAUGAGGAUGAUGAUGAUGAUGACAUCUUCCCCCUCAGAGAAGAUGAAGAAGAAACCUCCAAAGGACAGUCUGACUCUGCUGCCAUGUUUCUACUUCGUUGAGCUGCCCAUCGUGGCUUCUUCUAUGGUGUCGCUGUACUUCCUGGAGCUGACCGAUGUGGUGAAGCCAGCUCAGGUGGGUUUCCGCUGCCACGACAGAGAUCUGAGUAUGCCGUACGUGGACGGAGGAGACGAGCUGAUUCCACUGCUGAUGCUUCUAAGCCUCGCCUUUGCCGGCCCUGCAGCCUCGAUCAUGCUGGUGGAAGGAGUGAUCUACUGCCUGCAGUCCCGCCUGAAGCUCCGCCGAGCCGAAGGAAGCAUCAGCGCUGGUGGCUGCAGCUUCAACUCCUUCCUGAGGAGGACGGUCCGCUUUGUAGGUGUGCAUGUGUUCGGCCUGUGUGCGACAGCGCUGCUCACUGACAUCAUCCAGCUGUCCACUGGUUACCACGCUCCAUUCUUCCUCACCGUCUGCAAACCCAACUACACUCUGGCGGGCGUGUCAUGUGACAAAAAUGCUUACAUCACUACAGAUAUCUGCUCUGGGCAGGAUGAGCACGCCAUCAUGGCUGCCAGAAAGACGUUUCCUUCUCAGCAUGCAACUCUGUCAGCAUUCGCUGCUGUUUAUGUUUCUAUGUACUUUAACUCGACCAUCUCAGACAGCACCAAGUUGCUCAAACCCGUGCUGGUCUUUGCAUUCGCCAUCGCAGCAGCACUGACUGGUCUGACUCAGAUCACGCAGCAUCGCAGUCACCCCAUUGACGUCUAUGUGGGCUUCCUCAUCGGCGCCUUCAUCGCCGCCUACCUGGCUCUUCAUGCUGUCGCCAACUUCACAUCAUCUGAUGACAUCACUUCAGCCCCACCUCCCCCACCUCCAAAGGCAGACCCUCUACGAGCACUGACUGAGCGAGGACAUGAGUCUGUCUACAACAAAGGUCCCGCGUCUGCCUCUGAAAGUAAUGAUGAGAUAGCAGCGGCUCCGGCCCCCAUGGACCGGCUGGAGGGCUUGGGGCCCCUGCAGAGGGAGAAGGGCUCCAUGGGGAGCCUGAAGAGGGCCAGUGUGGACGUGGAGCUGCUGGCUCCCCGGAGCCCCAUGGGGAAGGAGACCAUGGUGACCUUCAGCAACACGCUGCCAAGGGCUAGCAUGAAUGUAAAUGGGGUGCUGGGGGCCAAUGAUGGACCGGAGGAGCCGGUCCUGCCAAUGCAGCCGGUGCAACCGGUGCAGCGCCGUCUGAAGGCCGUACAGGUCCCCAUGGACCCGAUGAGGUCACAGCAGCUGGUGUCGGAGUGGAAGCAGAAGUCAAUGGAGAUGCGAGGACUGAGCGUGCGGGAUGAGAUGGACCGCGAAGCCAGCGAGGACGGCUCUGAGGUGGGCUCUGUGGGGACUGAUGAUGGGGGUUCUCAGGCUCCAAUUUACCAGCCUGCAGUGCACUCUGGGAGGGCAAACCCAAGUCGCAACCCCACUCCACCUCCAGGGGGGGCCAAAGCCGUGGCAACUCCCAGACCGCCACAAAUCCCAGAAGCAGGACCCCCGCCAGUCUCCCCAAAGAGUGCCCUGACCCGGGCUAAGUGGCUUGCCAUCCGGGAGAAGACAACGGCAGAAGGGUCUGGGCGUGGUGCUGCAAACCAGCCGCGACUCAUGCAAGUCAUUGCCAUGUCCAAGCAGCAGGGCCUUCUGCCAUCCUCCUCCUCUGGGGAGAAAUCCUCUGAAACCACCUCAACCUGCUCUGCCAUUUCCUCCACUGCUGACUCACCGCACUACCGCCCCCCCUCUGAGCAGCCACGGGAGGGGCCUGGUAUCAUCACAGUGGAUGCCCAUGCCCCCCAUCAUCCUGUUGUUCAAGUCCCGCCUCCACCCCAGGCCCCACCCCUGUCAGGUAAUAGUAACCCAUGGGAGUGGGCAGGGGCAUCCAAUGGGGGAGACCCACGAGAAACCUACAACCUCUCUAACAUAAACAGAGGAGAUUCGGCCAGCCGUAGCAGUAGCUUCCACCCACGCCGCUCCGCCUCACCAUGUGCUGCUAUCGACCCUGCCAUAUCUCCAAACCCACCUCACCCACAGGUGGAGAUGCCAGCGGAUGCUCAGCGCAGGGAAAUGGCCAUGAGGCGCAAGACGGCACUGGUUCUGUUGGAUCGAGAGAUCCGUAACCAGACUGAACAGGAGAACUAUUACAAGAGUCUGCAGGGACGGCGGUUCAAGGAUUAGUCUGUUACCUUUCAAAAUAAAAGCCUUACUCUGAAACUGGACAUUAACAGCACAAAACCUGGUCAGCAGCAAGGAGCGUGAUGCUAUGCAAGCAAAAGCUGUGAGAAGAGGUUUCCACCCAGGAGAUGAUGAGCUCAAGGUUCAGGAGUUCAACACUCAGACAGUUUCUCUUCACAAAAAGACAUCUUACCCCUCAGAGAGUCUUGGCUGGACAUCUACGCCAUGUCAACUGUUUGUUUUCUCCAGUGGACCCACCACAGAGUGCCACAAAAUAAUAAUUCAAUUCAGUUCAAUUCAAUUUUAUUUAUAUAGCACUAAAUCAUAACAAAACAGUCACCUCAAGGCACUUUAUAUUGUAAGGUAAAGACCCUACAAUAAUACAGAGAAAAC